AUAACCUCAACUUGAAUAUUCGGCUCAGUCCGUAAUUAUUUACAAAUUUAAGAGAUUGAUUAGUAUUAAAGCUUUUUCUGUAAGACUUUAAUUCUACAGUCAUAAGUAAUGAGAUACGCUCAACUAGUCAUAGGACCGGCUGGUAGUGGCAAGUCCACCUACUGUAGUGCGAUGUCCCAAUACGGCGUAGACCUGAAAAGAAAUAUUGAAGUGGUAAAUUUAGAUCCUGCAGCUGAACAUUUUGAUUACACCCCCUUGGUUGAUAUCCGAGAACUUAUUCAGGUACAAGACACCAUGGAGGAUGAAGAAUUACACUUUGGACCCAAUGGAGGCCUCAUAUUUUGUAUUGAGUACUUGCUCGAAAACUCAGAUUGGUUAAGAGACAAAAUCGGUGAUAGUGAAGAUGAUUAUAUACUAUUUGACUGCCCGGGGCAAAUUGAACUUUACACACACCUAACAGUAAUCAGAAAACUGGUGAAACAACUUCAAGACUGGAAUUUCAAUGUUUGUAGUGUUUUUUUAGUUGAUGUUCAGUUUAUGACUGAUGGGGCAAAGUUUUUGUCAGGAACAAUGGCUGCUCUUAGUGUUAUGGUGAAUUUGGAACUACCUCAUAUAAAUUUGCUAUCAAAAAUGGAUUUACUGAGUAAAACAGCACGGAAGAGACUGGAUAGAUUCUUAGAGCCUGAUUCACAUGCUAUUUUAGGUGAUGUGGAACUAAACGGAUUGUCUGCAUUUAAUGAAAAAUAUAAGAAGCUGACAGAAACCAUAGGGAAAAUUGUUGAGGAUUAUUCUUUGGUCAGGUUUAUUCCUUUAAAUCUAAAAAAUCAUGAGAAUAUGGGUGAUGUCUUAAUUACCAUAGACAAUGUUGUACAGUGGGGUGAAGACCAAGAUGUGAAAACAAAAGAUUUUGACCAAGAAGAGCCAGAAGAUAUUGAGGACUAUAGUAGAGAUGAUUAAGUUAAUUUUUGUUGUACAUUAUAUAUUUUUUUACAUAAAAUAAAACAGUAAAAUCGAGAA